GAUUUACGGCAGCUUGUCUGACAUGAUCCUGUUGCUAGGGGGUUAUUUUAAGCGUCUUCCGUAUUGAUGGUUGCUAGCUGGCAAGCUAUGUGGGUGUUCACGUUUCAGCUUUGCAAUGGGCAAAAUCAUAUGAACUUAAUAUUAUUUUCGUGGUAAAUAUAUUCAAAUGUAAUAUUCUGAUGAGACUACAAUGUGGAAAAGAAUCUGCAUAUGAAUACCAAGAGAACAUUCGAUAUGGGGGACGUUCUGGCUUAUGAAGCAGAUCUUCUUGGAAUGGUUAAGGAGUUUCUCAAGUUUGGUGAAUUUGAAGAAACGGUUAAGCAGUUUGAGAAGGAAUGCAAGGCCAAAGGGAAACCAGUUCCGAAGGUUUCGGGGAGCAUCUUGAGCAAUUCUAAAACGUUAAUCAUACAGAAAGACCUCUUCAGCUCCUUUGAAGACGGGGACUGCAAAGUGUUCUUUGAGCUGUGGAACGGGAACAUCCCAUCCGAUGUUCGGGACUUUGACCCUGUGGCACAGAAGCUGGAGUUCUACCUGCACAUCCACUUCGCCAUCUACCCUCUGAAAUACUCUGCAGGAGGACCUGACAGGGUGGAUUUUGAGGACAGGAUCAAGCACUUUAAGCACUACCUGGAGACGAGAGGAGCUGCGCUCAGCCAGACCACCGAGUUCCUGCCCUUCUACGCCCUGCCCUUCGUGCCCAACCCCAUGGUUCACCCGGCCUUCAGAGCCCUCUUCCAGGAGUCGUGGAUGCCGGAGUUGAGGCGAAAGCUGGAGCGCUUUUUGUCAUCGACUCUGAAAGCCUCGAACGCUCCCAGGCUGUUCGCUCUGUGCAAGGAGAGCGCAAAAGGAAAUAAAGAGGAGCUGCAGCAGCUGCAGCAGCAGCUAGCCGAAGCGGAGCGGCGGGCAGCCAGCGGCAUGCGGCGGUUGAAUAAGCUGCAGGCCGACUACCACAACCUGAUCGGCGUCACGGCCGAGCUGGUGGACUCCCUGGUGGCCACCAUCAGCGGAAAAAUGAUCUCCCCAGAAUACCUGCAGAGCAUCUGUGUGCGUCUCUUCAGCAGCCAGAUGAGGCACAGCACAGCUCAGAGCAUCGACUUCACCAGGCCGGGCACUGGAUAUUACUCUUUGAGCCCAUACAAUGACAAUGAUGAUGGAUAUGGCGGAGCCUUCCCGGCAUCUUCAAUGCUGCGAGCGUCGAUCGCACCUCCCAAAGUGCAGGACGUGCCGUUGCUGCCGUCGCUGGACUAUGAGAAGCUGAAGCGCGACCUGCUGAACGGCACCGACCGGCUCAGAGCGCUGCUGCUGCAGGCGCUGCGAUGGAGGCUGACCCGCUCCCUUCACGGGGAGCAGAGGGACACUGUGCUGCAGGCCUUCAUCAGCAACGACCUCCUGGACUGCUACAGCACAGGCCAGCAGAAGAGCGUGCUUCACCUGCUGAAGUCGAAGAACGAGGUCGUCCGGCAGUACAUGGCCCGGCUCGUCAACGCCUUCGCCUCCGUGUCCGAGGGUCGGGUGUACCUGUCUCAGAUCCCCUCCCUCCUGAGGACCCUGGAGGACACCGUGAGGACCGAGGAGAACGACUCCGUGACAAAAGAGAACGUUCUGGGGGCCCUGCAGAAACUCAGCCUCCGGCGAGCUCAGCAGUCGUGUAUGAUUGAGGACGGUCUGAUUGGCUGGCUGGUGGAGGAGCUGCAGGACUCUGACUGCCUGUCGGACUACACCCUGGUGUACUCAUCCGCCCUGCUAAUGAACCUGUGCCUGCGCACACAAGGUAAGAGGAAGUGUGCUGAGAUCGCGAAGCGCGUGCUGAAGGUCCUAACAGACCUCCUGGGACACGAGAACCACGAGAUCCGGCCGUAUGUGAACGGGGCGCUGUACAGCAUCCUGUGUGACCCCACAGUGCGCGAGGAGGCCAGGGAGAUGAGUCUGGAGGAGAUUCUGUGCUGCUACAGUAAGGAGGAGGAUCCUGACCUGCACAGGCAGAUACAGUUCAUCAUCAAACAGCUGCACUCCGAGGAAACGUCUGAAGACGGUGCGGAGUCUGAAGAUGAAGAGGAAGAUGAUAACGACGAGGACGACGCGAUGGAGGCCGACCUGGAUAAGGAGGAAGUUCUGCAGCCGCAGCCCAGAGAACUCUCCGGAGAAUCGCUGCUGACGACCGAGUACCUGGGGAUCAUGACUCACUCUCUGAAGGCUAAGCGGCGGUCGGCGCUGGCGGGUCAGAGCAUCGACGAGCCGCUCCAGCGCCCGGUCACGCCCAGCUCCCAACGAAGCACCUCCGUUCUUGACGGGGAGCAGAGACGGCAGGAGACUCCGCCCACCUCCCGCAGCAGCCCCCGCCCCACCCCUCGAACCUGCAGCCGGCCCAGCUCUGCGGACUCCCUGCACCGAACUCUGGACUCUGAGUGUGACCAGGACCCCACGCUGCACCACCGUGUCGAAGGGCACCCCCUGCAGGGCGGGGAGAAGUACAACGGGCACAUGGACAGCGACUUCAUCCUGGGGUUCGCGAACCGGCCCAAGAUUCCACGUACUCCCGACGGGGGGGGGCAGAGCCCCAGGAGGGGGGGGCGCGUCCCGCCUCUGGCCCCCCAGUUCUGCCAGUCGGGCCCCCAGCAGACCAGCAGGCCCAGCUCUGCGGGGUCCCUGAGCGGAGCUGGCAGGCAGAGCAGCCAGUCACACAGGAAGUGAGGUCCCGCGUCUCUCACCGGCCGCGUCCUUCCCGCCAACGUCCGCCACGCACGCAGCUUCCUGAAACCCGAGGAACGGGCCGCACGCGGGGUCACCGCGGCAACGGCGGCGGUAUUGAGGGGGGGGGGGGGC